AUGGCGCCCCCUAAAAUGAAGACGGGGGAGGUGACCCUCAACGAUGCCCUCGACUCGAUAGAAAAAGGAACAAUCAAGGAACGUGCGUCGGGUCUCGAAGACCUUAUUUUUUUGCUAGACAAGAAGGGAAAGACAACAAAUCUGUCCAUACUAGAAGAUAAGCAUUAUCAUCGCAUAUUCGAGGCCCUCUUCCGAUGUGCCGUCACCGAAAAGCAGAGUUAUUUCGGCAGCAAAAGGUCCACUGCUGCUUCUGCUGCCUCUAGACUUUCCAAAUGUGCCGAAGCUCUUCGUCUCGUCGUCAACUAUGGCGCUUCGAGACUCAAGCGAAAAACCCUCUUGGCCAUGAUUGAUCAUAUCACCCAGACACUCCCCGGUCCUGAUGGUGAUCUUCUGGAGCCACUCCUCAAGGACUAUGUCAAAUCUCUUGUCGCCGUCUUAGAACACCAGCCCAACGGUGAGCACCUUGCUACGAAGGGUGCUGAUAGGUGGUUCGCCUGCGUUGACUUCUGUACUGAGGCCAUCGCGCGUUACCUGGAUAAUGCUGACAGAGAUUCGGGCUCCCGUGCAUCACCGGCCCCAGGUACAGCUUCGAUUGGUUUCUCCACUGGUAGAAGCACCAAUCCAAGUCAACGUCUACCGGGUCAAAUAUCCCGCGGCACUGUUCAAGAUCUUCUUCACUGCCUCUACCUUCUCGUCCUCCCCCCGAAUGCUCCGCUUCGAGAAAGGUCACGGGACUUAUCCAAAACUCUGAUACAAAUAUUACAAGUCCGCCAUCUUGGCUUGGGUCCAGUUACACAGCUAGCAUUCGCAUCCAUCAAUGUCUUAUUGACUGGAGUUCUAGUCGAUGAUCUUUCUCGAGCCAGCAAUCUGACCAGGGAUCUUGUGCCCCUAAUCAGUCACUGGUGGCAAGCUCGAACAGUUUCUCAAGAUGAGAUGCUAAACUCUGUCAGAGACGAGAUGCUCAAGACCAUGAUUUUGAUUCGCUUACAUCUCGAGCGCCUUGUCUAUGAUGACGAGAACGGCCAUGUUCAGAAGGAUGUCGAAGACCUAAGUGAAGCUCUUUGGCUAGAGUACUCUCGGCGAGACAUUCGGUCACAGCUCCAAAUGGAUGAUUUGACAUUCGUUCCGCACCGGCUCCCGCAAGACUAUUUCAAUCUUGACCUUUUUGGCCUUCGGCCUCACAACCGUGAUGGCGAGCGAAGGUGGGCUAUUGUGCAAAGCAUUGCUAUUUUGGAACGAAUUCUAUGGAAAACGCAUAAACAGCAAGGCUCGCAGUCACCAGAAGAACAGCCUCGGAAGAAGCGCAGAACGCAUGGCCCGACAAGCCGACUUCAGGAAAAAAUGCAGUCCCGCGGCCCGGCAGUGCAAAGAAUGUCGAUGCAACUGGUUCCAUUUCUUCUAGAUCUCGACACUUUCACCUCUGCAGAAGUCGCAGAGCUGUUACCGGAUCUGACAACAUUCGCCAGUGACAAGGACACAACAGUUGCGUCAUGGGCCAUGCUAGCUUGUGCAUGCUGUGCACUACGUUCAACCGAAUCUGAUGUUGCCACUUUGUGGAAGCACACAUGGCAAAUUGCUGUGCGAGCAGUUGGUCAGCCAAAUACCUGUCGCGCCGCAUGUGUUCUGCUGCACACAAUCCUUGAAAGCAAACUUGUCCCAUAUCACAAUAUAUCGGACGAAGUUAACAGCAUCGUCACGACCGCCGACGUGAAUGGCCCUGCCCUUUUAGUAGACUCCUCCAUCAUUCUCAUGUUACAUCUAUUGUUUCUGCGAAAUGUGAAGCUACCUAAUGCUAGUCAGGCGACAUGUCAUCACAUAAUUCGUUGGGUUUUCCUGCGUUGGAAUCCAGCCGACAUGAGUUUUGCGUCUCAAAAUUCGGUACAUGCGCCAGUAUCAGAUUUGGUUAAUCUAAUUCGUGCAUGUUGCGGCGCUGGGCUAUUACCGCAUCCUUCACAAGAAGCUGUGUCAGGGGGUCCAAUAUGCCAGACAUGGAAAGAGCAAUACCACUCAUCAGGUUUGACGAGAUAUCUUUUGCUGCUAGAAGACCCGAAGCAAAGAAGAUUGGUCUCCACGAGCUGCGGCCAAGCUAUAGUGUCCACCGAAUUGAUCAAGGCUAGCGACUCGUCAACUUUUCAUGCCUCGAAGAAACUGGUAUUAGAACUUUUGUUCCCGAAAGUGGAGGAGCUGCAAGAGCUUUGUGACUCCUGGACUAAAAAAGGGUCAGAAGGUGGCAUGCAAAUCUCAUCAGACAGGCUUCACAGCCUCUUUUCAGCCACUAUUACUGGCACAUUGCUUGUCUUUCAGCUCACAGAUCUAAACUCUGGUCAGUCAAGAGAUAUCGAGUCAACCCUCCACAGACUCUGCGAGAGGAGCCUCAGCGUUGCUUUGGACUCGAGCGACAGCACCAUUUUCUUCGAGGUUGUCUGCAAAAUCAUACGUCCUAUUCUCCCUUCCUUGGACGCAGCAAGCAUCAACACGUUGUUCAAAGAAAACCUCCCUCUUCUAAACUUAGUUGCGACUGUAGCCGGCACAUCCCAUGAGCGAACUCUACGCCAGUCAUCCGGACAAAAUCAGGACCUUAUGGAUCUAGACGAUGACUUCGACUCCCAGGAGAGUAAAAAGAGCAUUGCAAUGAGACCGACAAAUAUUCCUCGUCUAAGCAUACCAAUGAGUUUGGACUCGACGGCGUUUCAUCUUGACACUGUCCAGCGUAUAUACCUUCUCGAGUCGAUGCAUAGAGACAAUGAACAAAUUGGUCUUGUCCCUCAGGGCUUUCUGGACCAAUUUUUGAGUCUCUCUCAUGAUGAAUUCUUGAUGUGUAAUUCCUUGGCGACGGAACUAUUCAGUUCUGACCUUGUGGUCGGUCCUGAUGAUGCACUUCGAGUAGUUGAAAAGCUCGGUGAGAUUAUCGGGGAGCUAGAGUAUACGUGCUGCGAAGUGGCACACUCGACCAGUCUAGGCAUUUUGGAGGGCCUCAUACGGGUCUGGGUGGAUGAGAAAAAUGAGGUAUCGACGUUCGUUGGAGAUCUUUAUGACUAUUUUGUCAAAGCCUCUCUGCCAAACAACAGCCUAUCCGCCGGGUCACAGAUGUCCUUGGCGAGUUUACUAUUUGCUUUACUGAAAAUCAAUCCUCAAUAUGGCACCAGUCUCGGCCUAUCUUCAUGUCGGACGACCUUGCUGUCUAUCCUACAAGACGGCCCAAUGGUUGUCAAGCACUUCAUUGGGGCGGCCCUGCCAGAUGUCUUUGGCAUUUAUGUCCUGAAAAUGCAUGAUGACGUCUUUAUAGAUGUCCUGAACAGUCUACCCGCAGACCCAGAAGCUAUUGAAGGUAUUGCUUUUCGACUUUUCGCGUUGGCUCAACUCGCAUGCCGUUGGCCUACACUUCUCAGAAGAUGUACCUACCAUAUCUUCGAGACACCUGGAAAGAUAAUGCAGUCUACUAAAUACGCCAAAAGGUGUCUUGAGAAAGUCUCCGAAGCUCUUCAGCUGGGUUCUCCUAGGGAGCUCUUUAACAUAUUCUGUCCUCAGCUUCUGUAUACCUGGCUCGAGUUGAACGCCAUCGAAGACAUACCAUUCGAUAUCUUCGGGUUCCCUAGCUUAAAUUAUUUACUCCGGGAAGCACAGGCCGAGACGACAGCUUUGGAGAUUAUGCGAGGGCGCUACGAAAGCGUACGGACCUUGUCUCAGAGGCUCGGUAUAUCUUCAACCGACAUGACCAAGCAAGGCUUCACAAAGAUUUUGGCGUACACCAUCGCCCACGAAACAAGCAUGUCUGGCUCUAAGAGCGACAGCGGCGACACAUGGGUGCGGAAACUAUUGGGCCGAGAAUCAUACUUGGACCACGUGUACCUCAACUUCGCAGACAUUGUAGCAUUACUGUUCAACCUAUUCGAUCAGGAAGAUCCCAUCGAGAAGUACCUGGCAAGAGAUAACAAUUUCCAAUACGCCGCGGACAAUUUGGAGGAAAUGAAAAGUUUCUCCCAAUCCACAACGAUGUUACCGCCCAACCAACAACCAAUGUUUAGGGCCAAAUUUCUCUUGAAGGAACUGUUUUACCUGUGCAGUAAAACAGAAUAUGAACUUCAGUCGUUGUGGACGCCGGCACUGGUAGUAGCGGUGGCUAGAAAGCUUCUUAAUACCGUCCAUCCAGCUUUGGGCUCUCUUCACGCUUGCUCAGUCCUGCGAAAAGUCCGCGUGAUUAUAUCCCUAGCCGGCUCUGUAGCGCUGGAAGGCUACCCUCUGGAGAUGUUGCUCUCCUCUGUAAGGCCGUUCAUUGUGGACUCUGAAUGUGCAGACGAUGCACUGGGUGUUAGUCGAUACCUGAUCUCUAGAGGAAACAGUCAUAUUCUGCAAACACCAUCAUUCCUUGCCGGAUAUGCGUUAUCUACAUUGGCUUCACUUAGGGUUUUCCUCGAGUCCAGCCAGUCCAGCACAACCCAAGAGAGCCAGUUCAAAGCAACCAUGAGUAAAGCACAACAAUUUCACACAUGGUUCAGCAACUACUUGGCUAGCUACGUGUCGCCAAAUUUUGCAGACGAACGUCAGAGACGAGCAUUCCGGUCAAUCACGCAAUCUGCAACCAAUAUUCGAUCGUCAGGAAACGCUGAGAGGGGAACACAUGAGAGCACGUUACUUUUGGAAAUUCUAAAGGACGGUGAGCGCGAGGAAAAGUUACUGAAUGAAGCAGCUCGUGACCUAGCGCUUGGCAUGCUUUGCGGGGAUUUCGUGGUGCCUAUUACAGGUAAUCAGGAUGUCGUUGAGGACGAUGUUGAUGCACUUCGUUACAGCGGUCUUGUUUGGAAAAGCUGCAACGCACUCGCUUUGAGCGAGGAGUACCUGGCCUGGGCAGGCCGCGUGGUAGGCAGGUCAUUUGCUGCUUCUGGUGAGAUUCAACCAGAAUUGUUGGAAGAGUCUGAACUAUCGCGGUACAAUAAGCUUGCCCCUGGAUCUAAUGAUUCUGAACAGGGGUUACUGAAUCUACUGCAACAAUUAACCCAGAGUAAGGACUCGGCUAUUGCUGGUCUCGCAGAAUCUGCCUUGAGAGCCGUUGUGUCAGAAGCAGCAUCUCAAGGGGAUGAUGCUCUUCUUGUUGCUGCACAGAAAACGCUGAGCGAAUCUCUUUGCUUGGCUUCAGCUUGGGGUCAAUAUCGCACUCCUCCUUCCGAUUUCAUCCUUUCGCAGAACAUACCCGACUCCCAGGUGUUCUUCCGCGAUCAUGUCGAGAGCCCGGAAUGGAUUCAACAACUUGCAGUUCACCUUGCACAGUCUGUUUCUGAGUAUAUCAUACUGAGUGCUUUGGUACCAAUCCUUAAGAGCGUUAAGGGAUUUGCGCAGGACUCAUUCCCGUUCAUCGUUCAUCUAGCUCUGUACAGCCAGCUUGACAAACAACAAGUGAUCAAGCGCAACUUGUCCGAAGCUACCAAGGAGUGGCUCAAAACUCGAGAUUCAUCCGCACGCACGAACCAAAAGCACCUGAUCAACACGAUCCUGUACCUGAGGACACAGAAACUACCUAAUGAAUCGUCAAUCGCGGACCGUGCAAUGUGGCUCGAUGUCGAUUUCAAUUCGGCUGCCUCGGCCGCUUCACGCUGUGGCAUGUAUAAGACUGCUCUUCUCUUCACCGAAGUUGCCGUCUCACAAGCAACCCGAUCAUCCCGAAGAUCGUCCGCAAUCCGAGAUGAAGAUUCAACAGACGUUUUACUUUCUAUAUUCGAGAACAUCGAUGAUCCCGAUGCAUAUUACGGUCUGCCGCAGUCUUCGGAUUUGUCCAGCGUUCUUGCUCGCCUGGAGUACGAGAAAGACGGAUCCAAAACUUUGGCCUUCCGAGGGGCUCAAUACCAUAGCCAUAUUCGGAGUGGUGAUCCUUCAUUGCAGUCGGACAGCCAGUCUCUCAUCAAGGCUCUAGGUACUCUGGGCCUAGCUGGCCUCUCGCAUUCCCUGCAGCAAACACAGCAGGGCCAUGAUGGCGAUGAGGACUCUCUCGAAAACAUGUUUCAAACUGCUCGUCGGCUGGAAAGAUGGAAUCUUCCCGCGCCCGCCGCAGCCGACAAUUAUGCGGUAACAAUCUAUAAAGCCUACCAGAAUAUUCAGCAAGCUACAGACAAACUUACGAUUCGAGGCGCCAUAUACGAUGGCUUCAGUCAAACGAUGCGCAACCUCAUGAAUCGCAGCUUGAAUGCAGCUAAACUGAGACAACAUCUUGGAGCCCUUGCGGUUUUGACAGAACUUGACGACGUCAUAAACGUUGCUGACUUUUCAGAGUUGGAGGGUAUGCUUACCAAGUUUGAAAAACGAAGUGAAUGGAUGAGACGUGGAAGGUAUGACGACGUUAGCCAUUUGCUCUCCUGCCGCGAAACCACCUUGAGCUUGAUGAGCCAACAGCCAAAACUCCGCCACGCCACUCUAUGCACCGCCGAAGCAAGGCAAAUAGAGAUCCGCUGCAUGCUGAUGUCUUCUGGCAUCUACCGCUUCCACCAGGCCACACAAGAGUCGCUAAACAUAUCGACAUCACUCACGGACUUGAUUGGGCCUUGCGAAGAUCUGGGUUUGAAAGUUGAUGCGGCGGUCAAAAUUGAAGCUGCCAACUCCUUGUGGGAUCAUGGAGAAAUGAUUCACUCGAUACGUAUGCUUCAGGGCAUUGAUAAUGAUUCAUCUCUCAAGAAGCAGACAAUUUCUGUGAGCCGCUCAGAUCUUCUAUCCAAGAUAGGUCAUCAAGUUUCAGUUGCAAGACUGGAAAAGCCACAUCACAUUCAAAAGAACUACCUGGAGCCAGCCCUGAAGGAACUUAAGGGCAAGAGCCAAGGACAACAAGCUGGCCAUGUCUUCCAUCAGUUUGCUAUGUUCUGCGAUGAGCAAUUAUUAAAUCAAGACAGUCUUGAGGACCUGGCCAGACUACAAAGCUUGAGAAAGGGCAAGAGCGAUGAAGUGGCUCAGCUCCAAAGUCUCAUGGCCAGCAGCCGCGAUUCUCAGAUGAAGAAUAGGUACCAGUCUCAUCUGAACCGUGCCAAGCAAUGGUUGCAACUCGAUGAGCAAGAGCUUCGGCGCGUUGAACAGACAAGGAGCGAGUUUGUGCGACUUAGUCUGGAAAACUAUCUACUGUCCCUCAUCGCGUCCGACGAACAUAAUAAUGACGCCUUGCGUUUCACAGCUCUCUGGCUUGAACGUUCGGACGAGGAUGCGACUAACGAUGCCGUGAAAAAGCAUCUUGACAAGGUGCCAACAAGAAAGUUUGCAACGUUGAUGAACCAACUCUCAUCCAGACUGCAGGACCAGGCAAACCCUUUCCAGAAGCUUCUAAUUAACCUCGUGUACAACAUCUGCGUUGAUCAUCCAUAUCACGGCAUGUAUCAGAUUUGGUCCGGCACUAAGGUUAAGACGCGAAAGGAGGAUCAAGUAGCAGUGUUGAGAUUGAAGGCCACGGAGAAAGUUGCUGCCCUUCUACAGUCGAAUAAGGCGGUAGCGUCUAUCUGGCAAGCAGUUGAUCGCACCAGCUCCUACUACCACCGACUAGCUGUUGAUAGGGACAACGCCAAGUACAAGGCCGGGCAUAAAAUUGCACUGAAGGACGCGCACUCAGCCCAGUCGUUACUCAACGCGCUCAUCAAGUACAAAAUUCCUCCGCCAACCAUGCAGCUUGAAGUGUCAGCGGACAAGGACUAUUCGAACGUUCCGACUAUAGCAAGACUGGAACCACAAAUGUCCAUUGCGUCUGGCGUUAGUGCACCAAAAAUCAUCACAGCUAUUGGAACCGACGGAGAACGAUAUAGGCAAUUGGUUAAGGGCGGAAACGACGAUUUACGUCAAGACGCUAUCAUGGAACAGGUUUUCGCCGCGGUUUCAUCCCUGCUGAAGUUGCACCGGUCUACACAACAAAGAAACCUUGGCAUCAGAACGUACAAGGUUCUGCCCUUGACUUCAGCGUCUGGUCUCAUUGAAUUUGUCCCUAACACCAUCCCACUACACGAGUUUCUGAUGCCUGCACAUGAGAGAUACUUCCCUAAGGAUCUCAAAGGAUCUCAGUGCAGAAAGGAAAUUUCCAAUGCGCAGGGCAAGUCCACGGAAACUCGAAUCAACGUCUACAAAAAAGUAACGGAACGAUUCCAUCCCGUCAUGAAAUACUUCUUCAUGGAGCAUUUUGUUGACCCUGAUGAGUGGUUUGUCAAACGUUUGGCCUAUACGCGUACAACAGCAGCGAUAUCUAUGCUCGGCCAUGUUCUCGGCUUGGGUGAUCGGCACGGUCACAACAUUCUCCUAGACCACAAAACAGGCGAGGUUGUCCACAUCGAUUUGGGUGUCGCAUUUGAAAUGGGGCGAGUGCUCCCUGUUCCAGAAUUGGUGCCUUUCCGCCUCACGCGAGAUAUAGUGGAUGGCAUGGGAAUAACUGGGACAGAAGGCGUCUUCCGUCGCUGCUGCGAAUUUACUCUCCAUGCUUUGCGCGAGGAGACCUAUUCCAUCAUGACAAUACUGGAUGUGCUGCGUUACGAUCCUUUGUAUUCAUGGUCAAUAAGCCCGGUAAGACUCGCGAAACUGCAGGGCGGCCAAGACGAUGGGGAUGACGAUGUGGACGAUGACAGGAAAGGCAAGAAGGGCAAUGUGAACGAGCCUUCUGAGGCGGAUCGCGCUUUAGAGGUGGUUAGGAAGAAGUUAUCGAAGACGCUGAGUGUGACGGCAACUGUAAACGACCUUAUCAACCAGGCAACCGACAUCAGUAAUUUGGCCGUGCUAUAUUCGGGCUGGGCUGCAUAUGCAUGA